AUGCCACUCGUCUCUCUCUCUUUCUCUCUCUCGCCCCGGGGCUCACCUCGCCUCUUCCAGUGUGAUCACCCUCAGAUUGCAAGUUCAUGGUGGAACCAGCACAAUAACCCACACGGCGUGGGGACAAUCCGUCGCCUAACAUGGAUGGCCAGACCUUUCACAGCUUCAAGCAACGAAGCGGAUCACACCGAACAAGUCAAAACAGCACCCAGAUGCUCCAUGGCCCGGUUGCCUUCCACACGGCCAGGCCGUGACCACCAGAGCUGGUUCACAAAGCGAGGUCUGGAAUGUGUGGCUGUUGGCUGUGUGAGUGGAGUGGUGACUGUUGGCGCCUCCAUCUCAUGGCGAAGCUUGGCCGCAGAUCGAGCCAGCAGCCAAGGCCCGCGGCAAGCCAUGGCUUAUUUACCCAAGACAAAAGAGGACGGGACCUGCAACAGCCAGGGGCCAGGGACUGGGGACUUGAACAAUUGUCAGUCUGUCACAACAAGAACGGGUGAGCAAAGCACAGCUCAAGUCUGGGGCUGGGAAAGUCUCCCCGGAGCCGUCAUCAACGGGACAUCCCCUCUCCUGCUGACGAACUCGACUGGAUGGGAUGAGGGUGCGCUGAUGGUUCUACUGAUGGGCUUGGAGUCGAUUUAUUCAUCGGCGCAAACCAGCCAGUGUAUUGUACGUACAGUACAGUACUACAAUCCAUACUGCAAUGCACAAUGUUUGGAUUGGUAUUGGGCCAUAUUUUGCACCAGUCCUUGGCACGGUCAAAUACUCAGUUACCUUCCAAUGUUGGCUCGUCUGACUGCUCACUAUCUCGGACCACCUCUUGCCCCUGACCGAAGUGGCCACCACCAACGUAAGUGA